GGAGCCGGCUCUCUUCCCCUUUAAACGGAAUGUACCAAGCGCUGCGGGGAUGGGUUGAGAUUUAUUGUGCGCGUCCUGUGUAGCCUCGGGGCAACCCGCCGGACUGGGGGGCGCUGAAGAGCGGGAGAAACCGUGAACUGUGCAGAGUCGCUGCCGCUGGGCCCUUUCCCUCGCUUUUUCUGGUUUCCCCAUGUCCACAGCUCCUCCUCUGCGGGGAGGAUGAAUAGUUCAGUCCUACCGACAUGGCUGCCACCAUGAAGAAAGCGGCUGCAGAAGAUGUCAAUGUUACUUUUGAAGAUCAACAGAAAAUUAACAAGUUUGCGAGAAAUACUAGCAGGAUCACAGAGCUAAAAGAAGAAAUAGAAGUGAAAAAGAAACAACUUCAGAAUUUGGAAGAUGCUUGUGAUGACAUUAUGAUGCUGGAUGAUGGCGAUUCACUUUUGAUACCCUACCAAAUUGGAGAUGUCUUCAUUAGUCAUUCCCAAGACGAGACACAAGAGAUGCUGGAGGAGGCAAAGAAAAGUUUACAAGAAGAAAUUGAAGUCUUAGAAUCCCGUGUGGAAUCAAUUCAGAGGGUGUUGUCUGACCUGAAAGUGCAGCUCUAUGCAAAAUUUGGAAAUAACAUAAAUCUUGAGGCUGAGGACAGUUAAAGGUGUUCUAAAUAUACCAUAUCACUUUCCCUUGUUUUGUUGUUUUGAUAACGUUGUUUCAAUUAUAUUAAAAACCAAAACAAAAAACAAAACACCUUUUUUUUUUUUUCCCACCCUCUUUCCUGUCUUGGGUUCCAUCUAUUUAAUGAGAGCUUUUGUAUUUUGGUUAUUGCAGUUAUUUAUUUGUUCAGGAAAGCGUUAGUUUCAUACUGUUGGUAAAGCAUCAAGAUUGGAAUAUUUGCAUUGUUUAUUAAAAUAAUAAAGUCAGGCACAUAUUGUA